UAGGCCUGGCCAGGAGUGGCAGUGAGGGACUGGGCGCACCUUCCCACGCACUAGGGGAUCAGCUCCACUGCGCUGCCAGGGACUGCAGUCCAUUGGCUCCUGUCCAGCCCUGAGGCCAGGAAGAGCUGCCCUGCCAGAUGCUGGGAGCCCGUCGCCCACACUCCAGCACUGCCCUGCUCUCAGCCGUCCUCCUCCUGCACGUUCAGGCUGCAGUGGCUGUGAGUUUCCAGGUGCUGGUUCCCACCAGCCCCCUCUCCGCCCCGCUGGGGGGCACUGUGCUGCUGCCCUGCCACCUCUCCCCCGCGCUCAGUGCCCAGGCCAUGCAGGUGAAAUGGAGCCAGCCCCAGCUAGGCCAGGACGUCCACGUGUACCUGCCAGACGGGAGCGAGGUGCAGGGUGAGAGGUACCGGGGCAGGACGGAGCUCCUGCGGGACGGGAUCCAAAGUGGCAGCCUGGCCCUGCGGAUCUGGAACCUCACCCUGCGGGACGAAGGGCGCUACCUCUGUGACUUCCAGUCCGACACCUACUUCAGUGAUGCCGCGUUGGAGCUCCGCCUGACGAGCUCUGGUUCGGAUCCCCUCCUCCACGUCGGUUUGUACGAGGACAAGGGGGUCUCGGUCACAUGUCUAUCUGCAGGGUGGUACCCGGAGCCCAAUGUGCUCUGGAGAAACAGCCAUAAAAAAAUCCUGAGUCCAGAGUCCGAACGGAAACUGCAAAGUGACGACGGCUUAUUCAACGUCUCCAGCACCGUGGUGAUGACCGAGAGCUCGGAUCCAGCACUGACCUGCACCCUCAGCCCUGGCUCGCCCGACCCAGAGAAAGUAUCGGCCAUUUUCAUCUCCGACACUUUCUUCCCCAGAGUUUCCUCCUGGCGGGUCCCCCUCUUUGUAAUCCUGACGAUCUGUGUUUGCGUCCUCGCCCUGGCUGCCCUCUGCCUAUGGAGGAUUCACAAAAAGAAAGGUGCCAUCUACACAGCUCAAAAGGAAAGCCACGGCAGACCAAGUUGGAAAGAAGCAUUUCUCAAAGCCGCGGACGUGACCCUGGAUCCAAAAACAGCUCACCCCAGUCUGGAGCUGUUUGCAGAGAGGAAGGGCCUAAGGAACACAGGUCCAAGACAAUCACUGCCUGAUGGCCCGGGGAGAUUCGACGUUUACUCCUGCGUGCUCGGCUCCGAUGGCUAUGAGUCGGGGACGCAUUACUGGGACGUGGAGGUGGCCGGCACAGGGGGCUGGGCUUUGGGCGUCACCAGGGAGUCUGCCAGCAGGAAGGGAUGGUUCAUGUUCAGCCCCAAGCAAGGCACGUGGGCCAUCCAGCUCUCCAGGGGCCAGUACCGGGAAGUCACUGCAGAAUGGAGCCUGAUGGACCCGCCACAGAGCCCUUGCAAGAUCAGAGUGUAUCUGGACUAUGAAGGAGGGGUUGUGUGCUUCUACAAUGCUGACACCAUGGCCCCCCUCCACGCCUUCACUGCCCUCUUUACGGGGAAGAUCUACCCGUUCUUCUGGCUCUGGUCUGUAGGGACCUGCCUUAGACUGUGUCCCUGAGCCUUUCCCAGCCAGAUCUCUGCACAUGCAAACCUGCUGAUGCAACACACCAGCCACCACAAUGGGUCGCGGGGGAGGGAUGGAAG